AUGAACGUCUCGUUAAGAAUGAAUGAACGGGAGACCGUUAGGUUUGUGGAAUUGUAUGAAAGUGAGCCUGUACUCUGGAAUGUAACUGACCCAAGGUAUAACAAAAAAGACGCACGAACCCUAGAAAGAAUUGUUGCUCAGCUAGAAAUAGAAAAUUUUACAUCAAAACAUGUACUAGAGAAGUUUAAAAACUUACGGAGUUCGUAUUUGCAAGAAUUGAAGAAAAUUAAGAAUAGCACCAAGUCCGGCUGUUCCGCUGAUGAUGUUUAUGUGCCAAAAGUGGUUUGGUUUCCGAUAAUGCACAGAUUUCUAAUGCCACACGUAAAAUCAAGGAAAACUCAUUCUAAUUUGAAUGAUACGCAAUCACAAGACCAUCAGGAUCAGGAAAUACAUGUCAUGGACACAGAGACACAGGAUACUGAAUAUAUACAUACUCAAGAUAUAAAUACCCAAGACGAACAGGCUACCGAGACGCAAGAUAUUCUUAACCAGGAACAAGUAAGUCUGAGAAAGGAAGAACAAUCGGACAACUGGCCGAAUAACCCUUCAGCAUCAACAUUUAAAAGAAAUAUGGGAGCAACAGCCGUUUCUCAUCAGUCUUCUCAGUCAAAAUAUGAUUACACAAGUAAUGGCAGAAAUUUUGCUGGACCCAGAGACAUCUACAACGGUACCAUCAGAGACGCCUUCCCCAGGCUUAAUGGAAGCAAAUAUGCUGGACCCAGAGACGCCUACAAGUGUAUCACCAGAGAUACCUACAACUGUAACACUAGAGGCUUCAGGCUACUAUAA